AUGAAGAAGAAUGCUGGAGAGCUUGGUCUCAAGUUGUUCUUGAAGAUUUUUGAGAUUGCUCCACCGGCCCAGAAGCUAUUUUCAUUCUUGAGAGACUUGGAUGUUCCGUUAGAGCAGAACAGAAAGCUCAAGCUCCAUGCCAUGUCUGUCUUUGUCAUGACCUGUGAAUCAGCAGUGCAACUUCCGAAAGCAGGCAAAGUUGUGGUGAGAGACUCCACAUAG